AUGUCUAAUCCAAGUCAAAUUUUUAAAUAAAAUAAUGCAAAAAAAUACAAAAGUGAGAUUGUUUAAUAAAAUAAAAGUAAUGAUGAUAAUUUUGCCUUCAUUUAAUAUAAUAUUUAAAGCGAAAUAAGACUCAAAAAUAAACACACUAUUAAAGAAUAAAUAGAACAUUUAUAAAAAGAAAUAUAAACUUUAGAUUAAAUCUCAGAUGAAAUAAACGAAGACCAAAGAAAAUAUAGAAAGAGCAGAUUGAAAUUAUAAUUAAUGUAAGUUUUAAGAUAAAGUGAACAUGUUUCAUCAAUAAAAAUACCAUAGAUUGAUCAAAAAAUAGAAGUAAAUAAUUAAGAACUUAUGCUUUAUGUAUUAAAAGAAGCUUUAGCAAGAGAUUAAAAUAGAGAAAUAUUUAUGACUGAUGGGAUAAACUCUUGUGGUUUUGAUUCUAUAAUAGGUGCUUUUGGUUAAGAUUAAUAUUGUCUUAGAUUCAGAACAACAGAAGUGGAAUAUUAAUAAUUAAUAUCUGAUAUUAUGUUUAGAGAAUAAUAUCUAUUAAAUUUUAAGGAAAAUAUUUCUAAAAUUUGGAAGGUUAGUCCAUCUGAUGUUGUUAUCUUAGAUAUUACAAAAGGAAGUAGCAUUAUAUUAUUCAAAAUUUAGAGUAAAGGUGACUUAAAUAAUGAUCCAGAAUUAAUGUAAUUUUUUGAACAAAAUUGUAAUGGGAAAAUUGAUAUUUAUAAUUAUUUUGUUAAAUGCAAUGAAUAAAAAAAAUCAGAGAUAGGAAUAAAACUAGAAGAUUUUGACCACAGGUAUAAUAUGACUUGGAAUAGUAUUAAAGAUUCUGAAUAAAGAGGACCUCCAAAUUAUCGUUAUGAAUAUUAUUUUCCAAAAGGAUGCUAAGGUUAUGGUUUAAAUAUUGACAAAUAUGGAGAAGAUUAAAACUGGAUAAAAAUGAAUGGUAACAAAGAUGAAUGGAGAAUAUUAUUUCAUGGAACAAGGAACGAAUAUGUAAAGGAUAUUAUAAAGACUACAUUAAAACCAGGAGAAAUGAGUUAUUAUUAAAAUGAUUUAUGUACUGAUGAAUUUGGAAACUAAGUUAGGGUUGGAAAUGGAAUAUACUUUUCUGAUUAGUUUAAUGUUUGUAUAAAUAGAGGUUAUGCAUCGCCUAUUGAAAUUUAGAAUAAGAAAUUUUCAGCCAUUUUUAUGACAAGAGUUAAUCCAAAAAAGAUUAGAUAAAGUGAUAAAAUGAAAUAGUAGCGAUAUUUUUUAGUCAAUAAUUCUGAAGAUGUCAGAUAAUAUAGAAUUUUAUUAUAUGAGGUGAAGUGA